AUUUUGUUGGUGAAUUAUAUUCACUUUGCUAAUUCUCCCUUUCCCAUCACUCCGGCGAACAUGACAGUCGAAACCGUUGAUAAUGGCGUUGCUCCAAACGGCGAUACUUUCUCGAACACUAACGUUACCGUUUCAUCAAAGAAGAACAAGAAAGGAUCCGAGGUCGAUGUAGAAGAAGGGAAUGUUUCUGGGGAACAUUUGUGAUAACCAUGAAGCCUGGACUUGGGAAGCGGGGUAUUGAGAAGCAGCCGUUUCACCUUCCUGAUUUUAUUGCUGCAACCGGAAUAGAGAAAAUAAGACAGGCUUACAUUGAGAAAGAAGAUGGUAAGAAAUUAAAGCAAAAGAAAUGUGAGCGUAUGCAACCAAAGAUGGGAAAGAUGGACAUUGACUAUCAGGUCCUUCAUGAUGCCUUCUUUAAGUACCAAACAAAGCCUAAGCUGACAUCUCUUGGCGAACUGUAUUUUGAAGGGAAAGGAUUCUUGGUUAAGCUGAGGGAAACGAAACCAGGAACUUUGUCACAUGACCUAAAAGAAGCUCUUGGUAUGCCUGAAGGUGCUCCUCCCCCAUGGCUAAUUAAUAUGCAGAGAUAUGGUCCGCCUCCGUCCUACCCACAUCUGAAAAUUGCUGGUUUAAAUGCUCCUAUUGAUGGCUGGGGGAAACCUCCAGUUGAUGAACACGGGCGUCCAUUGAAUGGAGAUGUCUUUGGUGUUCAGCAGCAACAUCAGCCUAAAUAUGAGGAAGAGCCUAUCGACAAGAGCAAACUCUGGGGUGAUUUGGAGGAAGAGGAAGAAGAAGAAGAGGAGGAGGAAGAGGAACAAGAAGAAGAGAUGGAUGACGAUGAAAUGGAAGAUGGCAUUGUGAUUUUUGAAGAUACGAGGAGGCAAGGGAAGAAGAGAAAUUGCGGAAUAAGCCAGAGAGCUUCAGUGACAUGGUUGCAGAGAAUGAAUUGAAGAGGAGGCGGAAAACUCACGAUAAAGAAGGGGAGAAGAAGAAAGACCUCAAAUUCUGAACUUUUAGCAGAGAAGAAGAAUUGAUUUCAUCAUGAGUAUGCAUGGGAACCUUCUUGAGAGAUUUAAAAAGGUUGAAUCAAAUUUCUUACCAAGUCUAGUGGCUUUCUCUAUGUAUACAGCCAUUGCUCGAGGCAAAGUUUGGAAUGCUUUUGCUCGAUUUUCCAUUGAAUUAUUAACAAGAUGAACAUGAACAUGAA